AUGGUCUGGAGUGCGUUUCAGGUCUCAGUCCUUGACCGUUUCUGGGACUGGCUGGGCACCGAUCAUAUAAUCGCUUUAUUCUCUCGACCGUGGUGCCUUGAGACCAGCGACACAUGGAGAAUCGCUGAGAAUCUGUACAUCUACGCGUGCAUAUCUCUGCAUACACUUGCCCUCCGAUAUUGCCACGGUCAUGUCCGACGUGGGGGUCUCCCGCUUCCACCAGGCCCAUACGGCAUACCAUGGGUCGGCAACGUUAUUGGACUAGAUGUUUCUCAGCCGUGGUUGACGUACACGAAGUGGGGCAAAUUUUACGGAGGAUUGAUAUACUCGAAAAUGCUGGGACAGGAUGUAAUUGUCAUCAAUGACGAACAAAUCACCAUCGAGCUGCUUGAGAGGCGGUCGACUGUAUACUCCGGGAGACCUGUGUUGGUAACGAACGAGUUGUUCGGCAUAGAUUUCAACACCGGCCUGAUGCAGUAUGGCCUGCACUGGCGGCUGCACCGCAAGAUGUUUCAUGCUGGGCUGCGCGCUGAGGUUGCAGAGGGCUAUCGCCCAAUUCAAAUCGACAAAGCACGCCAAUUCCUUCGCGGGUUGCUUAAAAGUCCCGAGCACUUCGAGGAGCAUAUGAAAACUAUGUCCGCAAGUAUCAUCAUGGCGAUCACGUACGGAUAUGACGCGAAGCCAGAGGACGAUCCAUUGGUGAAGAAGGCCGAAGAUAUGGUGAAGAUGUUUCUCACUGAAAUCACGCCCGAACGUGCUGCACUAAUCGGGGCCAUACCUUUCUUGGCAUAUAUCCCAUCCUGGUUUCCAGGUGGAAGGUACAGACAACGUGCGAUGGAGUGCAAAGAGCUCGCCAAGAAGGUGCUGACGGAACCGUAUGAGUUCGUGAAGCAGCAUCGCGUGAGUGCUAGUACUGUUCAGAAAUCAAUGGUGUCCGAUCUGCUAGAUGCAAGAAAUCCUUCAAAAGAAGGUCAAUACGACAUGGAGAAGGAAAUAAUGGGGGUCGCCACUACCGUUUUCCUAGGAGGAGCCGAGACGACCUACACUACCUUGUAUAUCUUCAUUCUUGCCAUGCUUCUCUAUCCCGAGGUGCAACACAAGGCGCAGGAAGAGAUCGACCGCGUCGUCGGAUGCGAACGGCUUCCGGAUUUCAAAGAUAGGCCGAACUUGCCUUACAUCGAGGGUGUCCUUCGUGAGACUUUCAGAUGGCACCAUACGUCACCAAUGUCCCUUCCACGUGCAACAACGGAAAGCGACGUGUAUAAGGGAUAUUACAUACCGAAGGGUGAAAUACGCAUCCUUACAAGCAUUAGGGCGAUGACCCGAGACCCUACCCGCUUCGCCUCGCCAGAGAGAUUUAUGCCCGAGAGGUACUUUGACUCCCCAGGACAUCCCGCGGAGAAACCGUUCAGCCACCCGUUCGGGUUUGGCCGUAGGGUUUGUCCGGGCCGGUAUGUAGCGGACGCGUCUAUUUGGGCUGGCAUCGUUUCUCUCCUCGCAACUUAUCGCAUCGUGCAUGCUAAGGAUGAGAGCGGAAAAGUCGUCGAGGUGAAAGAAGAGUUCGAUACUGGGCUCUCUGUGUGUCCAAAAUCAUUCAGGUGUCGCUUUGAGAAGCGGUGGGAUGGCGUAGAGGGUUUACUCAGUGACUAG